AGGAUGGAAGGGACAGGACUUAGCUGAGAGAAGUAGGAUGGGGAGGGGGCCCAGAGAGUGCUCUGAAUGGAUGGAUUUGUGAUUGGCAUUGACCCAAAGGGGUGGCGGUUGAGGGAAGAGUGGAAAGGGAAGUGGGCUGACUGAGUCUGGUGUGAUGGGGCUUGGGCCAGGGGCUGACCCAAUGGAGAUGGAGAAGGGAUGAGGCUGGGUCUGGGAAAGACUGACCCAAAGGGAUGAAGCCAAGGGAGGGAUGAAAGGCUGCGGAUGGGGAAGAGAACUGUCAGCCUUGAAAGAGGAUUGGGAAGGCAAAUUAGAGGGGGAGGCGCUGGCCAGCGAAGGUCCGAGCCCUCGCCCCUGGCUGGGGGCACAGAGGGAGGGGGCCGUGUCCAUAUAAGGCAGGUCAUUGGCCCGGCUCUCUCCGAAAGCGCGGGCAGCCCGCAGUAUUCCCAUGACUGGGCGCAGCGAUAUGGAGCCGCCCGCAGCUUUCUCUGGCUUUCCCGCCCCGCCCUCGGUCGCGCCGUCGGGGCCGCCGCCGUCGCCGCUCGCCGGAGCCGAGCCCGGGCGGGAGCCCGAGGAGGCGGGGGCGGGCCGCGGGGAGCCGGAGCCCGCGCCGGCGCCCGGCCCGGGCCGGCGGCGGCGGCGGCCCCUGCAGCGCGGGAAGCCGCCCUACUCAUACAUCGCGCUCAUCGCCAUGGCGCUGGCGCACGCACCCGGCCGCCGCCUCACGCUGGCCGCCAUCUACCGCUUCAUCACCGAGCGCUUCGCCUUCUACCGCGACAGCCCGCGCAAGUGGCAGAACAGCAUCCGCCACAACCUCACGCUCAACGACUGCUUCGUCAAGGUGCCCCGCGAGCCGGGCAACCCGGGCAAGGGCAACUACUGGACGCUCGACCCGGCGGCCGCCGACAUGUUCGACAACGGCAGCUUCCUGCGGCGCCGCAAGCGCUUCAAGCGCGCCGAGCUGCCCGUGCUCCCGGCCCCGCCGCCGGCCGCCGGCCCGCCGCCCUUCCCCUACGGGCCCUACGCUCCCGGCCCCGGGUCCGCGCUGCUCGCGCCGCCGCCCCCGGCCGCCCCCGGCUCCGCGCCGCCCGCGCGCCUCUUCAGCGUCGACAGCCUGGUGAGCCUGCCGCCCGAGCUGGCGGGGCUAGGCGCCCCCGAGCCGCCUUGCUGCGCGGCCCCCGACGCCGCCUUCUCGCCCUGCACCGCCUCCCCGCCGCUCUACUCACCGCCGCCCGACCGCCUGGGGCUGCCCGCGACGCGCCCCGGCCCCGGCCCGCUGCCCGCCGAGCCGCUGCUGGCCUUGGCAGGGCCGGGAACCGCGCUCGCCUCCCUCGGCCCGGGGGAGGCCUACCUGCGGCCGCCGGGCUACGCGCCUGGGCUGGAGCGCUACCUGUGA